ACUUAAAUAUAUAUAAAAAUAUCGAUUGGAAAAGAUAGUUAAUAAAUAAAAUAAAAUAAAAAGAAAAAUGUUCAAUUCGAUUCUGUCUAAUUACGCUAGUCGAUACCUCUUCAGGUUUGCGAAACUACAGAAAUAUUUUAUAAGUAAUCCAGGUUGUCAUAGUAAGGUGUUGAAUAUAAAGCAGACCGAAAUGCAGAUAUAUUUGCUACCAGCUUUAGAAGAUAAUUACAUGUAUUUGUUGAUAGAUGAUGAUACUCGUCAAGCAGCUAUUGUGGAUCCUGUUGAUCCAGAAAAGGUUAUAGAUACAGUAAAUAAGAGUGGGGCACAACUGACAACUGUACUCACUACACAUCAUCAUUGGGAUCAUGCUGGAGGAAAUGAAAAAUUAGUGAAAAAGUUUGCCUCCCCCUUAAUGGUGUGUGGUGGAGACGAAAGAGUAGGUGCAUUAAACAAUAAAGUAAAACAUGGAGAUGAAAUUAAUUUAGGAUCGCUUAACAUUAAGUGUUUGUCUACCCCAUGUCACACUAGCGGACAUAUAUGUUACUACGUUACUGGAAAACACGACAAUGAUCCUGCGGUUUUUACUGGUGACACACUAUUUGUGGCAGGAUGUGGAAAAUUUUUCGAAGGAACACCUGAUCAAAUGUACGAAGCCCUAGUCAAAAUUCUUGGUUCUUUACCAGAUAAUACGAGAGUAUAUUGUGGUCACGAAUAUACAGUAAACAAUUUAAAAUAUGCCCUUCAUGUAGAACCAAGUAAUGCUUCCAUCAGAGAAAAACUAGCUUGGUCACAGAAUCAAAGAAUUAAAAACGAGGCAACGAUUCCUUCCACUAUCGGUGCGGAAAAAACUUACAAUCCGUUCAUGAGAGUCCACGAAGAAUCUGUGCAGCAGCACGCCGGCCAGAAUGAUCCAAUUGCCACCAUGGGUAUGCUCAGACGUGAAAAAGAUGGUUUUAAACCAAAAUAAUCCACGCUGUUUGAAUUUGUUAGAA